AUGGCUGCUACUGCGCUCUUUCUGCCGGGAAGCAGUAUUGAUGCUCCUCUUCCUGAAGGCCAUGUCUCUAACACUAUCCUCCCUUCGCCACAAUCAUCACAAUCGCACGAUGGCCCCCAAGGGGAUGUCUUUGGAGAUAUCCCUGAUCCUCAAUUUAUUAAACCUUCCGCAUUCACUCAAAGCUCAUCUUUCCGAAACGUAUCAGCCUGUCAUCGAUGUCGAAUGCGAAAACACAGGUGUGACCAACAAUUACCAAAGUGUCGAUCCUGCGAAAAAGCCCAGGUUCGAUGUGUCGGCUACGAUCCGAUCACCAAACAAGAGAUACCUCGCAGUUACGUAUAUUUUUUAGAGAAUAGGGUGGACUAUCUGAAGGAAAUCUUGUUAAAGCACAAUAUCAAUUUCCAAUCCGCAAUUCCUUUGAACGACGAUGGAGCAAACUGCAACACUGCUGCAACAUCCAUCUCAACAUCAUCCGCAAAGGUUGAAGCAGUGGCUUCAAGUGGAAAAAUCUCCGAUGAAAUACCACUUGAUACAGAAAUACCUGAGCUCUCCAAUUCCUUCCAUUCUGUGAUUCUCGAUCUUCUUUCUGGUAAAGACACGAAACUAGAAAUCACAAGGAUAAAUGAGGUCGACCGUCGUGCUGGCAACCAACAAACUUCGGCUCAACCGUCUUUGUUCCGCUUCGGAUUUCAAAGCAGCGUCAAAGGCUCUAUGGAGCUUCCAGAGCGCGAGACAGCAGAGAAGCUCGUGGAUGAGUAUUUCAUUCACACUAACCUCCAUGUGCCCGUGUUAAAUCGACCUGACUUCGAAAAGGUCUUCGAUCAGAUAUACUAUAGCGAAAGUUCCGACCACCCCAAAGAUCAACUCUACUUUGUCUUCAUUGUGUUUGCAAUUGGUGCUGCCUCUGUCACGAGGUCUCAUGAAGCUACCCCGGGCCCUGAGCUGCACUUUCGCACCAGAUCAAGAAAGCGGAAAAGACCAUCAAUGCAAAUCCUAGCUGCAGAGGAAUACCACGCUUCCGCAAUAACCUGCCUAGGGCACUGCCUUGACUCAUGUGGGAACUUCAAUCUAUUUGGUGAUUUUGAGGGCCUUCAAGCCCUCAUCCUUCUCUGCAGCUUCGCUCUUUUCAAGUCAACCGCUCCGGGGCUUGCAAAUCUUCUCGACAUCGCCAUACGCUCAGCAAUAGAUCUUCGGCUAUACAAUGAACAGGAUAGCCCUUCCAAUAUGCUCAAUCUCGCUUCAAAGUCUCCAUUUGACGAAGCGCAUCGUGAUUGGAUCAAAGAUCUACGGCGACGGCUAUGGUGGUGUGUUUACAGCCUGGAUCGAUUAGUCGCACCAUAUCUAGAAAGGCCAUUUUUUAUUCCGGACGAUGUUAUUACGACUCAAUUUCCUUCUAUACUGGACGACCAAUUCAUCACGCGACGUGGAAUAUUGGCCUCUGUCGAUAACAAAAGCGGGUAUAAGUAUGCCACAUUGAGAAGCCUUGACUAUUCAACUCUUGCUGCUGUCUCAGUUCUAGAUAAACUGGAAGAUAAAUGUCACUUCGCGAAAAGGUCAAUGGCCACUCUUAAGUCAAUGGCCACUCUCACAAUGCAAAUGAAGCUAUCAACGGCCGAAUUCGCGACGCCACCCAGCUGCUUCACACACCCUAGUGUUUCCAAGGAAACGUUGCCAAGUUUACCUACAAACACCCGAAUGCCGGAUUUGCGACAGUUCCAAGGUCAAAUAUCUCACGACGCUGAUCCCGCUGGGAACGCUUCUCUACAAGAUUCUUUUCAGUUUCCGCGGUCAGAGUUUCCACCCAUCCGCUGCGAGGAUGAAACUUCAAAGUUUAAGCUCGCUGAAGACUCUUUGAGCAAGAUCCCUACAAUUACAAGGGACCCAGAAGACAACAUAAAAUACAAGUCUAUGGAUUUCAAACCAUCCGAGGAGGCUUGUGUUUUUCAAGGGCAAUAUCGACCCCAGAAAGCCUCCAGUCAUGGAAUAACUCCAACGUUGAAGCGUCAAAGUACCUUUCAAAUGCUUGGUGUCAUACUAGUGAGCCUUUGA